CGUCCCCCUGCAGUCCCCGCGUCCCCCGCUGUGUCUCCACGUCCCGUUUCCCCUGGCCGUCCCCGCGCCACCUCGUCCUCUCCGUCCCCGCAGUUCCUGGAGCUCUGCACGCGCCUGACGGAGGAGCACCCCGAGGUCAUCCCCUUCCUGUCGGGCCGCCACCAGAAGGCCAGCCCGGACUUCCUGGCCUCGGCCGAGCUGCGCAACGUCCUGGCCCGCUGCCUGGCCCGCGUGCGGGCGCGCCACAACAAGGUCUACGUCUACAUCAACGAGCUCUGCACCGUGCUCAAGGCCCACACCCUGCGCCGCAAGCUCCCGCUGGCCUCCGCGCCGCCCGCCCCGACGCCCACGCCGCCCCCCGACGCCCCGCAGGCGGCGCCCGAGCCCGGCGCCGCCGCCGCCCCGCGGCCGCCCACCGGCUCCAAGCGCCAGAUCCGCUACCUGGAGAACCUGCUGCGGGUCUACACCGGGGAGAUCCGCCGGCUGCAGGAGCGGGAGCUGGACCUGGCCGAGCUGGACAGCGAGGACUCGAGCUACCUGCAGGAGAGCCGGCUGAAGCGCAAGAUGAUGCGCAUCUUCCAGCGCCUGUGCGAGCUCAAGCAGUGCAGCAGCCUGACCGGCCGCGUCAUCGAGCAGCGCAUCGCCUACCGCGGCACGCGCUACCCCGAGGUCAACCGGCGCAUCGAGCGCUUCAUCAACCGCCCCGAGGCCUUCCCCGACUACACCGACAUCCUCAAGGUGAUCCAGAAGGCCAGCGCCCGCCACAGCCUGGGGCUCGCCCGGCGCCAGAUGGAGAGCAUGGCCCAGGACGCCUUCCGCGAGGUGGGCAACCGCCUGCAGGAGCGGCGCCACCUCGACCUCGUCUACAACUUCGGCAGCCACCUGACGGAUCAGUACCGGCCGGGCACGGACCCGGCGCUGGCGGACCCGGCGCUGGCCAAGCGGCUGCGCAAGAACCGCUCGGUGGCACUGAGCCGCCUGGACGGCGUCAUCGCGCACUACGCCCAGCUGCAGGACGAGGGCGAGGAGGAGGAGCGCGGCCGCAAGCGGGCGGCGAGGCAGCAGGCGGCCCCCGGGCACGACCGAGGGGCCCCGGCGGCGGCACCG